AUGUGCGCCAAGGACAGAUUGUUGAGUUUGAAAAUCGAACAGAUCAGCUUAGUCCAACAAGUAUCAUUGGAUGCGAAAAGACUUGUUUAUGUUUCAAACACUAAAGUUAGCGAAGUAGGCUGCUGGCAAACAAGUGAAAAUUCUGGAGCACUAGUCGCUGGUGGAAACAAUUUUGAAGAUCAGCGAAAUCAACUCGAUCAUUCUACCUGGAUCUUUGUCAACGAAGAUCAAUCGGUUAAAGUAUCAAAUGAAAAGUACCAUCGUGUGAUGAAAUAUACUCGAGAAGGAAUUGCUGUAGCUAUGGAGGCAAUGGUGAAAUUGUUGCUGAUGGCAACGACCAAGACAAUCGAAUGGGUCAAUUAUCGUGUCCUAGAAGUAUAUCAUUUAAUUCCGAAGGAUAUUUCUGUGUUUUUGAUUAUGUGA